GUUGAAUGUAAGAUGGCGCCCAGGGAGCUGUGAGGGGAAAAGACUCGGGGCCGAGGCGGCGGCGGCGACAGGGCCGGGAACGUUACAAGUCUAAGAGCUCAGGACAAGAGCAGCAGAAAUACAUGCAACAUGGUGACUGGAACCCUGAGGACCUUGCAAUAUGAAUAAUUCUCUGGAGAACACCAUUUCCUUUGAAGAAUACAUCCGUGUGAAGGCGCGAACGAUCCCCCAGCACAGGAUGAAGGAGUUUCUAGACUCCCUUGCUUCCAAGGGGCCAGAAGCUCUCCAGGAGUUUCAGCAGACAGCCACCACCACCAUGGUGUAUCAGCAGGGUGGCAACUGCAUUUACACGGACAGCACAGAGGUGGCUGGGUCUUUGCUUGAACUUGCUUGUCCUGUGACAACCAGUAUCCAACAACAAACUCAGCCCGAGCAGCAGAUACAGGUUCAGCAACCCCAGCAAGUCCAGGUUCAGGUCCAGGUCCAGCAGUCACCACAGCAGGUCUCCGCCCAGCAGCUCUCUCCACAGCUCUCUGUCCAUCAGGCUUCAGAGCAGCCAAUACAGGUCCAAGUGCAGAUCCAAGGCCAGGCCCAGCAGCAGGCAUCCCAGACAAUACAGAGUCAGUCUCUUCAGAGCCCCAGCCCAUCACAGCUGCAGGCAGCUCAGAUCCAAGUGCAGCAUGUGCAGACUGCCCAGCAGAUCCAGGCUGCAGAGCUACAGGAGGAACACAUACAACACCAGCAGAUCCAGGCCCAGCUUGUGGCAGGACAGGCCAUUACUGGUGGCCAGCAGAUCCAGAUCCAGACAGUUGGGGCACUGUCACCCCCACCUUCUCAACAAGGCUCCCCGCGAGAGGGAGAGAGGCGGAUCAGCUCUGCGAGUGUCCUUCAGCCAGUGAAGAAACGUAAAGUGGAUAUGCCUAUUACUGUAUCGUAUGCUAUUUCAGGGCAGCCAGUUGCCACAGUGCUGGCCAUUCCUCAGGGCCAGCAGCAAAGUUAUGUCUCUUUAAGGCCAGACUUGUUAACAGUGGACAGUGCCCACCUGUACAGUGCCACUGGGACCAUUACAAGCCCCACUGGAGAGACGUGGACCAUCCCUGUUUACUCUGCUCAACCACGUGGUGACCUUCAGCAGCAAAACAUAACCCACAUUGCCAUCCCUCAGGAGGCCUACAAUGCCGUCCACGUCAGUGGCUCGCCCACAACACUGGCUACAGUGAAGCUGGAAGAUGACAAGGAUAAGAUGGUGGGAAGUACUUCAGUAGUGAAGAACUCUCAUGAGGAAGUGGUGCAGACUCUUGCUAAUUCGAUCUUUCCAGCACAGUUUAUGAAUGGCAACAUCCACAUUCCAGUGGCAGUGCAGGCUGUGGCAGGGACAUACCAGAAUACAGCACAAACAGUGCACAUAUGGGACCCACAGCAACAACAGCAGCAACCCACACCCCAGGAGCAGGGGCAGCAGCAGCAGCUACAAGUCACUUGCUCAGCUCAAACUGUUCAGGUUGCUGAAGUUGAACAGCAGCCACAGCCACAGACUUCACCUGAACUUCUACUUCCAAACUCUCUGAAGCCAGAAGAAGGUCUUGAAGUGUGGAAAAGCUGGGCACAGACCAAGAAUGCAGAGCUGGAGAAAGAAGCCCAAAAUAGAUUAGCACCUAUUGGAAGGCGUCAGCUGCUGAGGUUCCAGGAAGAUCUCAUAUCUUCAGCUGUGGCUGAGCUGAAUUAUGGUCUGUGCUUAAUGACACGAGAAGCUCGGAAUGGUGAUGGUGAACCCUAUGAUCCAGAUGUGCUCUACUAUAUCUUCCUGUGUAUUCAGAAGUAUCUCUUUGAAAAUGGCCGAGUCGAUGACAUCUUCUCAGAUCUCUACUAUAUUCGGUUCACUGAAUGGCUGCAUGAAGUUCUUAAGGAUAUACAGCCCCGUGUUUCACCUCUUGGUUACAUCCUCUCCAGUCAUGUAACAGAAGAGAUGCUGUGGGAGUGUAAGCAGCUUGGAGCUCACUCCCCUUCCACCUUGCUCACUACACUGAUGUUUUUUAAUACAAAGUACUUCCUGUUGAAAACAGUAGACCAGCACAUGAAGCUGGCUUUCUCCAAGGUGCUGAGGCAGACCAAGAAGAACCCUUCUAAUCCCAAGGAUAAAAGCACGAGUAUUCGCUAUAUGAAGGCUCCAGGCAUGCACCAGACAGGACAGAAAGUUACAGAUGACAUGUAUGCAGAGCAGACCGAGAAUCCAGAGAACCCCCUGAGGUGUCCGAUAAAGCUGUAUGACUUCUACCUCUUCAAAUGCCCCCAGAGUGUGAAAGGCCGGAAUGACACAUUUUACUUGACACCGGAGCCGGUGGUGGCCCCCAACAGCCCUAUCUGGUAUUCCAUCCAGCCGAUCAGCAGAGAGCAGAUGGAGCAGAUGCUCACCCGGAUCCUGGUGAUACGAGAGAUUCAGGAAGCUCUUGCCGUGGCUAAUGCCAGCACCAUGCACUAAGGCAUCCUUCUGGCUCAGAUGGGGUGGGGCAGGGUGAUGGGGGAGGGACAAGCAAAGAGAAAUUGUACAGACUUUUACACUAAAGGAGAUGCCUAAGUUUUUGGUUUUUUAUUGGUGUAGUUAUGAAGCCCUUUUAGGCUUCUUCUCUUUAAAAGAAUCUAAAGGAAAACCUACCCAUUGUGUAUCCUACCCAACACACCAAACUGUUGGAACCAUUGGAGGCUGCAUAUCCCCUGCAAGCUGGGAGCUGUGGAAAGCUGCUGGUUGACUCUGGGUUUUUUUUUUUUUUUUUUUAUGAUGUAGAAAACAUGAACUACAGGAUUGGCCUGGUUGGCUGGGGCCUCUGUCUCCUUGGAGCACGUGCAGCCUAGAGGGCACAGAAUGAUGGAUGGACCUGCUCAGCCAGUGGAGGAGAGGCAGGCAUCUUCUUUUCUUGUGCUUGGACGUUAAUUUGCUGUUAUCUUGGAAGAAAGAGGAGAGAGUGAACUGCAAUUAUGAUUUAUACAAAAAAAGCAAACCAACAAUUUCUAUUCAGACCUUUAAGUGACAUUUUUAGAUGUUAAAAGUACAAACUUUACCACACUCUUCUUUUUUUGGCCUAACAUUGAGGCCUUAAACCUUGAGGCUUCUGUGCCUGAUGAAUUCUUGUAACAUACACUUGUGUAUCAUAUAAAGAUACCACCCUGUUUCUCUUAUGUAUUCUUACUCUAGUUGUUUAUUAAGAAUGACGAGCACGUCUUUUCAACAUGCCAUUGAACAAUGUGUCUUUAUUUGGGGAAGAGUGAGCUGUGAGGGUGGGGGGGGUCAUUAUACAAUGAUCAGUAUGCAAACUGGUUGUUUUCAUCCCUGUUCAUGCUUUCCAGCUCAACUCUGCUGGAUUUCUUUCACCCCUACAAUUUAGGAAGGUAGAAGGGCAUACAUUUCUGUUGAAGGACCUGAAUGUUUGCUUGCUGAUGGAAGCUCAGUGCCAGGCUAGGAACAUGGGAUCUGUGAGAUCAGAUCAGACUGUCCUAAUGUUCUGUGGCUUUACCCCUAGGCAAAUCCCCCUCUCUCCACCUUUUCAAAUGCAUCACAACAACAGCAUGAUGGAGGGGUAGUGGAGGGAAAAGGCCUUCCAGGAGCAGCAUAUGGCUUACUCCUGCUAUUUAACAGCCUUUUCACAGUUUUUAACACAGCUGUGUAGCUUUUGGCAUUGUUCAUGACCAUAAUUCCCAGCCCUGUAGCCUUGCCUUGCUGUGUCUUAAAUGGUUGCUGUAUUUGAUAUCAUUAACAAAUAGUCUGCUCUUUUGAAGCCAGCAGGUAGCCAACUUUGCUUGAAAUGGGAGAUCACUUGCCAGGCUUGUUACUUGUGCCACCGGCUUCUUGGAUGCAGAGAAAUUACUCUGCUUCUUGAACUUGUCUUCCCUGCUUCUCCACCUCAUGUCCCUUCCCUGUUCCAAAAUACACAGAUGAAUAUUUAACUAUAUAUUACAGUAAAAGAACAUAACCUUGUGUACAGGCAAGCAACUUUCCUGAAGCCUCUGUUGUCCAGCACCUAUCUAUUGAGAAGGAAGGUCUGCCCUCUCUGUUGGUUGUGCAGAGUGUAAAUUGAUGAGAGUAGCCAAUGUUCCCUGUCUUUGUGCUCGUGAGCAGUGUUGAGGUGUGCAGCUUAGAGAGACUUCCCAAGCCCCUGAUGCUUCAUGUUGAUGUUGGUAUUCUGAGGAAGCAGGUGUGCUUGAGUUUGCUGUCAGUAUGAGCAGUUUGUUCCCUCUACAGGACUCUGUACUCAAGUGCGUGUGUGCAGAGAGGUGAAGUAGCAAUGCACAGUUUUUUUGUUUUAGACUCUUAACUCAGUGUCUGCCCGCCCUCAGAACUAGGCCAGAGGAAAGCAGCCUGGGAUCAGUGCCCAGAUCACAGUGGGUAAGCUGGGAAGAUGGUGCCAGGGUGGGUGUAGGGCUGGCAGCAGGUACAGGUGCUGCACAGGGUGUGCCCAACAGGCAUGCAGAGAGUGGCUUUCCCUUUCUUCUGUGCAGUUUGUCCCAUCAUCAGAGCAGAGUUGGAAAGCCUGCUGCCUUGACUGUCUCCAUCAGAAAUACAGUGGAUAUUAAACAAUCUGCCAGAUACACACUGUACCAGUUGCUUUACUGGGCAGCCUUGAAAGCCACUUAAAAUUGACAGAAGCUACAAUACUUGACAGAACUUAGGACAGUUGCAGGUUGGGGACAAAGAGGAACUUCAGCUGAGCUUUCUGGGAAAACAAAAUUCCAUGUUACCUUAAUUUUCUAGAUUAUGCACUUUCCUUUACUACUCUUAAUUGCAAGAUGAUCUCAAGUCUUUGUUGGGGAAGAGUUCUCCUUGGAGGAUACUGGUUAAGAACAGGGAAACUAGGCACAUGAUGAGCUGUGGAGAUCUGAUGAUUGGUUUUGUCCUGAUGGACUGGAGUGUUUCCAUUCCUUUCUCAUUGUCCGCAUGUACAUAGGAGAGGAUCUGCUGAUGCAGAAAUGGACUGCUGCACUGUUCUGUACUGUCUCAUCAGAAUGUCCACUGUGUUAACUUCAUUCCCUAUUUUUAGAGACAAUCGAUAUACUGUGACUUAAGGAUUAUUUUCCUGGAUCUGGCUUCUAGUCUGUCUCUCUGGAGCUAGUUUAAAAGGUACAGUAUUUCUAGAAUAUAAAUACUAUGUUCUUUGAUAGUGAAGAACAUGAUCUGCUCCCUUGUAGGGGCUUGUAGGAAGACGUGCACAGAGUAGCACAGAAGAGUGCCGUGGCUUAGAGUUGCUAUCCACGUUCUGGGAAAUGUUCCCAGUCAAACAUGUAAAAUAGCUUUUUAACACUUUCCUAUAACCAGCUUGACUGCUGCUUAAAGGGCAUUCCCCCUUGGCUCUGAGAGUGCCAAACUGCUUGUACUGCUCUUGUAUGCGUGUAUAUAUUGACAGGAACUCUCCGUGCCCUAUGCCUUGUACGAGACAGGCUGAAAAUGCAUCAAUCUCUAAAUAAAUAGAGCUGAGAAGUCAA